UGUACUAAGUUUCAUCUCCCAUUAUUGCCAUUUUAUCGAGUAAUUUUCUUAAAUGGAAGUGUCCUCUUAAUUCAUCAUCAGCAGUAAGAAUGACAUGGCCAAGAGCCACAAAAGGUUGUACAAUUAUCUGUGGUCACGUGGACAGAUCGAACAGUCAAUAGUGUAUAACACGUUAUGUUGGAUGUUGCAAAUCUUUAUAUGGUUUUAAAAACGAUAAUGAGAAAAGAGACAACAAGCUAUUAAUGAUUGGUGACAAGUUGUAGAAAUUAAUUGUGAUUAAUGUCCUUAGGAGUUAAUUUAAGCAACAAUGUCGGGAGAGGAAACCGGGAGAUACUUGUCUCCGAGUACUGCGGGGGUACACCAUCAUCACAGAUCACGUUCAGUUAAAGGUAGACAAAGUUUUAGGGAGUCUGAAGAAAGUUUCGCUUAUGAAAGAAAGAGGAGAAACAGUAUGCCCUCGGUCAAUAAAACACAGUUGUCGUCGUCGUACACAGAUUUAGCCAAGGACAAGGAUUACGAUGAAAGUUUACGUCGUGUCCGAUCAUUUAAAACAACUUCGAAGGGUGCUUUAGUGAAUAGAGGGGAUAGUUUCAAGAGAAAAACGCAGAAAGAAAGACUGCUCACACUUGCUAAUAAAUCACGUGAGGAUAAUCUUAACAAUGCUGGAAACAAUAAUCAACAAGUUACUGUAACGCUUAAAAGUUUUAACCCAGUGUAUCGUGUAGUAAUGUUAGGUCCAGCUGGAGUAGGUAAAUCUUCAUUGACCGAUCAGUUUAUGACGUCAGAAUACAUAGGACCCACUGACAAUACAAGUAUUGACACAGAAGUGGAAAAGAUAAUAACAGUACAACUAGACGGGGAAGAAUCGACCUUGAGUUUCAUUGACCCUGAAGAUGACGAGGUUGAUCUUGACGAGACCAAAGUAGAUGCAUAUAUAGUAGUAUUUUCCUCCAAUGACAGGAAUUCUUUCGACGUAGCUGUGGAAACACUUCAUCAGUUACGAGAAGAGUUAGCCACAGAUAAAGCGAUUAUACUUGUUGCCAAUAAAAUAGACUUAGCGCGGAAACGCAAAAUUGAUAUAGAAGAGGCAAGGUCCACAGCAUUGAAGUACGACUGUAAAUAUGCGGAGACAUCAGCAGCAUUAAAUCACCAUGUGGAUGAACUAUUAGUCGGUAUUCUUAGCCAAAUUAGAUUGAAACAAAACCCGGAACUGGCACAGGAAAUUCCGGAUACACAUACCAAGAAACAUAAAGAAAGAAAAGGUUCAUUUAAAGUUGCAAAAGGACUUUUGAACAAAUUGUUUCGUAAAAGUAGCAAGAGAGAUAAAUCUUGUGAGAAUUUGUAUGAAUUGUAAUUGAACUCCAUGCUCAAACUGUAACAAUCAACUACAUGUUUCAAGUUUUUUGGCGUAGAAAUCACAAAUUCACUUCGUUACGCUCUGUACCUUAAUCCAUGUUUUAAUAAUUAAAAAAGCCAACUUUUGUAACGAAAUUACGCAGUCAUUAUAUAGUUUGUUUCCGUAUGCUGUUUUUGUUGAGUUUGCUUGGAUAUUAUAAUUAUAAUUCGUUUUGUUUUCCCUUGCUUAGAAUGAGCACGAAUGCUGUAAAAGUCCCAAAAGACAACUAUAUCAUUUUUUCAAAUAUUGAUUCAAUGAAAAAAAAAAACACCCUGAGAGAUUGCACAGGGAAUUCACAGUUUGUAAGCAAAUGUUAUUAAAAACUUUUGUGGGUGUGUACAUUGUGGUCGCCAAUAGUGUUUUAGACAUUAAUAUGAUUUGAGUGUCACUGAUGAAUAUUUUGUAGACGAAACCCGCGUCUGGUGUACAAAAUUUUAAUCCUUGUAUAUAUUAUGAGUUAAUUUAUAUGUAAUGGCAAAUGAAUAUAAUGACACAAAUUUGCCUUAUGAAGUACACACAUAUACUGUGUGAGCUAUCAGUCCAAACAUAUACCUUUUUCUAUUGUAUGUAAACAAAUUAAAAUGUAAUGUGUACAUGUGCAAAGACUUUAAUCAAAUUUGUGCGACUUUGCUAUAUAUUUCACACUGAAAAUGUCUUGUCACUAAUAUGUCUAAAAUUGUUCCCAAUAUCAUAAACAUGCUUUUGAGCGCUAGACUCUUAAUCUUGAAGAGUUGUGUAAAGCUGUUACUAAAUAAUGAAGUAUUGCAAAGAAAGACUUACAAAAGAUAAUAACUAUACACAUACUUCAUAGAUAUUGGAGUAAUGACGAUACUUUUCCAACAAACGUAACUAAGACGACAAUAACACUUGCAAGCAAAACUACUUAUAAUAAAUCAUCAUAAACUGCUUGUAUUUGACUUGUAUUUGUUAUGAAGGCAUAAUGGUUCAAUAUGCUAGUAUUAAAAAAAAAUAUUUUAUUUUGCUAUUUGAUAUAGUAAAUGUAGUACUGAUGAUUUAAUGUAACAAAUGAGAAGGUAUAAUGGCAUUUUUCUGGCCCCUUGAAUUCGAAAAUAACAAAAGUACUAUAAAUCUACCAAAAAACGUUCAUCAGUUGUUGAUAGGACAUUAACCUAUAUUUUGACCAAACUAUAUGCGUGAAAUGUCCAUUUUUUUUGUCAAAACACAAAUUUCUUCAUGUAUAUGAUGUCAUAGUGACAUCAUAAGAGACAUUUCUGUACUAAAGAUUCCAGAUUACAGUAGCGUGUUUAUUUAUCAAUAAAAUAAACAUAAUUUGAAAGGCUUCAAUAAGUUUACUAUUUUUGCAAUUCCAGGGGGCAAAUACAGUCUCAUAUACCUCCUCCUUUCUCAUAGCAAUACAGUUCAGAGGUUAUUUAGAUGUGUUCUUUUUGCUUUUCCUUUGUAAUACAUUUUCCACUAAUUUGUUAGUGCAUUGUAAUAUAUAGUUUUCUUGUGUAAUAUUUGUAAAAUGGAAUUAGGGUUAUGGAUGUAAAGACAAUAAUCAUAUACUAGGAUGAAAAUAAAUUAUGAAAAUCCCUUUAACAA